CGCCUUUGCUUUCGGCAGGGCCUUCGCGUCUCUCUUUCCCUCUCAUUUGACAUUCGCUGCCGCCUCCGCCGCUGUUGGCUGCUCGUUUUCAGAAAGUAAAUAAGCUUCCGCUCGCGCGACUCGUCGUCUUCAACUAUUUAUCUUUUCUCAUCGCAUACGGCGCGGCUACCACCGCCAGCGUCGUCGCCGCCGCCACCGCCGCUGCCGUCGCGUCGUCUUCGACAUCGUCGUCGUCGUCGUCGUCGUCGUCGUCGUCUCGGUUCUCUGUCUCUCUCGAACGAGUGCGCACCGGCUACGAUUCUCGGAGCACCUCGACCCGGGGAUCAAGCUGAGAGCGGGAUGACGCGAAAAAAAUGUGUACCGCAUCGACGUGGCGACUGAUGAGGCUGGAAUCGAGCCUCUCGCGAACCACGGUAGGUCUUAGAGGAUGCACAAGCUAGCUAAAGGCCUGAAGAAGAAGAAAAAGCCGAAGAAGGGCAAGAAGGGCGCAGAGGAGGAGGAGUUUGAUCCGGAGGAGCUUGAGCGCUAUCGACGCGAGCGGGCAGAGGCCCAACAGAAAGCCGAAGAGUCCGGAGAGUCGACCGGCAACGCCGGAUCCGACGAGUGGAAGAAGUUCGCGGCAUUGACAGCUGGUGUCGACUCGGUCUUGAAGAAGACCCAGGGUGACCUCGAUCGCAUCAAGUCCACCUCGUUUUUCCAGCGGAAGGCGCCGUUGGACGAGAAGAAAGUAGAGAAGUCGGCGCAGCAGGAAGAAUCCAAGAAGUCAUCUUCGAAAAAGUGGGUGGGCUUCGACGAAGAAGGCAAUCCAAUCGAGGGCGAGCCGCCCGAGGUCGAAGGUCACGCCAAGAAAGAGGAGAAACCGUUAGUCAACGAGGACGGUUUUGUAGACGUGCCGGAGGACGAGGAUGAGCCGGAGGACUCGGCCGAUGAGGACAUCUUUGACACCACUUACGUCGACGUUCUCCAGAAUAUCGAUGUACAAUUAGCUUACAUACCGGACAGUCCGACCGAGGAAGAGGCUGGGGACGAUCCUUUCGACACCACCAACGCCGACAAAGUUCUCCGAACAGUCGACAAAAAGGGCAAUAAGCUAGUCAGCCUAGGCAAUGCCGUCGAGGUUCUGUCGGGACGAAUCGAUUAUGUGAGUACCUGCAAACUCACAAAGGGAAGAAGACCCAGGACUCAGCAGGAUCUGUUGUUGGACGAUUUUGACGAAGCGGAGCAACCGGUGGAAGUCGCGGCUGCGGAAGCGGUAGAAGUAGAGAAGACUCUGCUAGAUGACGACAGCGAUCUACCGGAUAUCCCUAUUGACUUGACGAAAUUACCACCCGUUUUACCGAGACCGGUCUCUCCCGUCACACCUGCAGCCUCGCAAGAGGCUACGACACCAACCGCAUCUGCGAAGACUUCGAACGGCCCGUUAGACAUCUCCGAGUUCGAGGUCCUGAAAGAGAAGACCGUUUUGGAGGAGAUCCCCGACUUGGAUGACGCCGAGUUUGAUUUAGAAACCGCACCAGAUGAGUCGAUUCGUCUUGAACAGGCAGACGAUCCGUUCGCGACAAAGGAACCUGAAGCGAACGAUUUUCAGGGAGAGAUAAUUGAAGCUAGCUUCGAGGCGGCCACCUUCGUUGACGAGGCCGAUCCGUUCGACACCACUUUCGCGGAUAACAUCUUGCCUGGUAAAGCGGAGCUCAAGUUUAUCGAAAAGGAGCUAGACGAACUGCCUGUCUCGGAAGUAUCCAUAUCUCUGACCGAUCCCGCCGGUUUCAACAGAGACUAUGAGACCGGUUUGCUGAAGUUGGACGAUGAGCAGAAGGACGAAGAACGUUUGCGAUUACCUAAGCAGGACCUGCUAGGUGGCUCUAUCACUGAUCUCAGCCAAUUGGUGGACCAACCGAUCGCGCCCGUGGAGGAGAUCACUUACGUCGAUCCUUUCGAUACGUCUGCAGUGAAGGAGCUUCCACCCGGCAAGACAGAGCUCAAAGUAUUAGAGAAAGAGUUGCUUGGCGAGCAAAGCAGCGGUUUCGUCGAAAACGACGACGACGACGACGACGACGACGACGACGACGACGACGACUUCGAUCCGAGGAAAGAUGAGUCGGUGAAGCAAUUACCCGCCAAACCGCCACCUCCUAGACCUCCCGCGCUGGUCAAGGACGAGUUUGCAAUUAACGCUCAACCGGAUCCUGAAGUCGAGGAGACACCGACGAAUCUCGAGAGAAAGACAUCCCGACCGGCGGUCCUCGAAAUUCUGAAUUCGACCAAGGCGGUCGCGUUUGAGCUCCCGACACCAUCGAAGAGACCCGAUCUUCUCGCGACCACCGAAGAGGAGAAGACUCUACCUUCUAAGCCGUUAACACCGUACUACUCGCAGAAAUCUUUGGAGGAGUCGUUACCGGUGGAGGACGAUGAAGUAGAUGUUGAUCCGUUCGACACCAGUUUCGUCAAUAACGUCGCGCCAGGCAAAACAGAGCUCAAACUCAUUGAGUCGGAAUUGCUAAAGCAGGAACCCAAGCUACCUCACAGUUUGAGCGACCACGACUUUGAUCCAAGAUCCAACUCAGAACCAACCAGGAGACAAAGUGACUUCACAGCUACUUCGUUCGCGCCCAGCAACUUGAAACUCGCUCAGCUACAGUCCUCUUGGGCGCAGAAGGUAGAGGAGGAAGCGAGCUCGAAGCAAGAAUACCAACGGCAAGAGAGCUUAUUGGAUGCUGAGGUCGAGGUUGACGCGAAGCCUCUGACACCUAAAAUCGAGAGCAAGCCUAUCGAAGAGGAGAUCUCCUACGUGGAUCCUUUCGACACCUCCAUCGCGACCAACAUUCUUCCUGGUAAAGCGGAGCUCAAGAUAUUAGAGAGCGAGUUGCAGCAAAUCCCUCAGCAACCGCCACCGCGACCAAAACCCAUCAACUUUCCCUUGGUGGUGUCUACCGUCGCGGUACCAACCGUUCCGGAAAUCGACGAUUUCGAUCCCCGAGCGAACGAGGUAAAAGAAUCUAAGGACUUUUUGGCCUUGGAUGGACAAGAUCCCGGCGAUAAAGUGUUGACGCCGCUUCAGAACAAGGAUUUCAGUUUGGACGAGGACGUGGAUCCCUUCGACACUAGCUUUGCCACCAUCGAACCUGGGCGAACUGAAUUGAAAUUACUCGAAUCAGAAUUGAUGAAGUUCAUUUCAGUUCAAUGGAAAUACAAUCCCACAGACUUCGCUCAAAUUUCACCGACCGUUGUAGUUAAUUAUCGGCUAGAAUUCUCUCGCGGCAACGUAAGAAUUUCAAUCAUCAUGGAUCCCAAGGGUGGAAAUCCAUUCCUGAUGGACGAUUACGCGACAGAGACUGCGGGCAAUUUGCCCGCGCAGGGUAAUUCUAAUCCAUUCCUGCAGGACUUCGCUGACACAGCAAGUUCCGGCGCGGGCGAGAAUCCGUUCUUAAAUUUUAGUAGCAGCGACCAGACAUACGAACCGCCGGUGUCCGUCGACUCCACCAAUCCGUUCGCCUCCUUUGGCAUCGAAAGUACCGUACCGGACGUCGGAUUCGGUGCGACAACAACUAAUACACCAGCAACCAACGUAUUCACUAGCCAAUCAUCCAAUAUCUUCGACACGUCCGAUAAUGCGGAUCUCUUCGGCGUCACCACGACGGAGAAGCAGUCGACGACUGCGGUGGUGAGCGCGCCGCAGCCGCAGGUGGCAACGGCUCCAUUGAAGAAUGGCAAGCUACCACCGUCGAGACCACCACCACCACCGAGGCCACAACCACCGGCACCGCCCGUUAAGAACACAAAGGAUCUGAUAUUGUCAGUUACCGGGGCGAUGGACGCGACCUCGAACCACCUUCUCGACCGUUUGCAGGCGACUCGAACUCCCAGUCCUACUCUGAUGCAUUCUCCAUCACCUACUCCGGAGCACAGCUUCGCCGAUCUUCUGGACGUCGACAGCAACGUGCCGGAUCUGAUCCCGGACGACAGCAAGAUUAUCGAGCCGCCGCAAAACCAAGACAUUAUGGAUCUCUUCGACGCGCCCAAUACGGACGUCACCGCGACUGCGAUCUUUUCUACUUCUAUGACCACCACGGGCACCACCAGCCUCGUGAGCGGAGUUCCGCUGACCACCAAGCAGGACAAUCCUUUCGCAAGCAUGAGCGAAGAACCGGCAUCUGUUGUCUCGCAAGCGCAGCCUGCUUUUCCCAUAGAUUAUGCAGAGAGCGAUAUCACCGGUGAGAAAAGGCUGUCGAUGAGCUCUGUGACUCCUUUCACAGAUAUCGAAGCGGAAGUUUCAGAAGCGGAAGCCAGUUUCACUGGCUCUGUCGUGGAUCUCGCGGAACCUGCCGCUGCGGUCCAACCUCCGUCGGCAGCGGCCACUGAACUUUUCCAAGGAGUAGAAGAGAUGUCGACCAGUGCUGACGCAAACUUCUUCUCCAUGACCGACACUAUCACGACGACGCCUUUUGACGUAACCGAAGCAAUGUCCGCGCCCUACACAGCUGCUGAAUCUUUGUUCGCAACUUCGGAAGUCGCGUCGUCCGAUCAAGAUGCCUUUGCCUCGGAUCUGCUCGGUGACUUCGGAGAGACGGCGAAAGAGUCCAGCGGCUUGAUCUCCACCAGCCCCAUCCCUGGAGCGGAGUUUCCCGGGAACGAAGCUUACCGGCCCGAGGAAGAGUUGGACAAUUUCGCCGCUACGACAAAGGCGAUCGAGGAUACCGGCGAUUCGUUCGACGCUUUCGCAUCCAAGUUCGACAAAGCAGCCGAACCGGAGACCAAUGGAGAUCCCUUCUUGGACGCCUUCGGCGGCGGACCAACCGCCAUGGAUACUUCCAGUGAUGUCUGGGGAGACUCAUCAGCGGCUGGCUCGGAAACGGCGGUUACCGGCUUUGGGGAAUCCGACGGAUUCGACUCCUUCUUGAGCAUGACAGCUCCGCCGCAAGAUAUAAAAGUGAAAAAGUCCGAGUCUGCAGAGUCGGACGAGGAGCCGGACUUUAGUGUAUUCAUCAAACCGAAAGAAGGAGAUCAAAUUGCAACAACGGAGGCUGGACCUGUGCCCACGUUAGCGCCGCCACCCAAAAGCCCGCAGAUAGCCUCGUACACGGAUUCCUCGCCGCGUUUCAAUCCCUUUGAUAAAUCUGGAAUUGCGCAAGAUGCUGUAAUAUCCGAAACUGCUCAGACAGCCGAAAUGGCUAGGACGGAUUCCCAGGAAACGCCGCCUACUCCUUUGUUCGACGAGGACGUGAGUCAACCGCUCGAAGACUUCCCGAGGGUGACUUUUACCGGCGACGGUUGGGAAAUGCAGUUGCGACAGCCCAACAAGAAAAAGAUCACAGGGCAGCGAUUCUGGAAGAAGAUCUUCGCCAAGUUGACUUUUCAGAGCGACAGUCCGACUCUCCAACUGUUCAACAACAAAGACGACAAAGAUCCAUUUCAAGAAUUACCUCUUCUCGCCUGUUAUUCAGUAUCGGAUAUUGGCGCUCAACAAUUUGAUCAGUAUGGAAAAAUUUUCACGGUGAAAUUGCAAUACAUCUUCUAUAAAGAAAGACCCGGCGUACGACCCGGCCAAGUGACGAAGGCGGAAAGGCUCACGAACAAACUCAGCCAGUUCGCCGCAUACGCCAUUCAAGGGGACUAUCAGGGAGUCAAGGAGUUUGGGAGUGAUUUGAAGAAAUUGGGUCUUCCUGUUGAACACGCACCUCAGAUCUCUCAGUUAUUCAAACUCGGUUCCCAAUGUUACGAGGACAUGAAGCAAUUUUCCUGCACUAUCGAAGAAGCUCUCUUCAAGUUAUCAGCGCACCGAGAUCGAGCGCUAAAUUACAAAAUGGAGGAGGUUCAGAUAACGGUUGUGGAUGAGCUGUAUGUCGAGCAGAGUGCCGAGGGUCAUGUAGACAAACAGAUCGCACGUGUUCGUCUCUUCUUCCUGGGGUUUCUUUCUGGUAUGCCCGAUGUAGAAUUAGGAAUAAACGAUAUGUGGCGGCAGGGUAAGGAAGUUGUCGGAAGGCACGAUAUCAUUCCUGUCGUAACGGAAGAAUGGAUUCGCUUGGAGAACGUCGAAUUCCAUGCGUGCGUUCAACAGGACGAGUACGAAAAAUCGCGGAUAAUAAAGUUCAAGCCGCCGGAUGCAUGUUACAUCGAACUGAUGCGAUUUCGUGUAAGACCACCUAAAAACAGAGAACUGCCGCUUCAGUUAAAGGCUGUUAUGUGUGUUACUGGGAACAAGGUGGAGUUGAGAGCGGACAUUCUCGUGCCGGGUUUUGCAUCCAGGAAACUAGGCCAAAUACCAUGCGAGGACGUGAUGGUUCGAUUCCCUAUACCCGAGUGUUGGAUUUAUCUCUUCAGGGUGGAGAAGCAUUUCAGGUACGGCUCGGUGAAAUCAGCGCAUAGAAGAACCGGGAAGAUUAAGGGUAUCGAGAGAUUCCUGGGCGCCGUCGAUACGUUGGAACCGCAGCUAAUGGAGGUCACUUCCGGUCAGGCAAAAUAUGAGCAUCAACAUCGCGCUAUCGUGUGGAGAAUGCCCAGGUUGCCGAAGGAGGGGCAAGGCGCGUACACGACGCAUCAGUUGGUUUGCCGUAUGGCUCUCACUUCCUACGAUCAGAUCCCCGAGAAUCUCUCGGAAUACUGUUACGUGGAGUUCACGAUGCCGGCGACGCAAGUAUCCCACACGACCGCGAGGAGCGUCAGCCUCCAAAACAGCGAUAGCGACGCGCCUCCGGAGAAGUAUGUCCGAAAUUUAUCGCGCCACGAGUACAGGGUGGGUAUCGAGCACACACAGGGUGAAGGGCCAGGUGCGUACGUCACGGCGACACUCACGAAGAAAAUACCAGAAUCCACACCGGAAGCUCACAGCGAGGCGUCCGACGCGCCGGCCGACUCCGAUUCCGACUCCUCGGAGUAAUGCGGGUGAUCGUCGCCGCGCUCGGUCGACAUCGAUCGAUCGAUUAUCCGUCUGGUAAUAAUUAGCAGACACCCGGAGCAGAGGGCUAAUGGGAAAACGCGUUACGUAAGUCGAUCGAUAAAGAGAGCUACACGGCAGGUUCUAGUCGCUUAAGAAGGUGAACAUAGGUACUACGUCAUGUACGUGUUACUAGUCUAUACGCAGAGAGAAAAUGCGCGCGAGUCGGCCGCGGGGUGUUUCGUAAGUCGCCCCGGUGGUUAUAAUAAACGGCAGAUAAUCAUCCUGCAUGCGAAAGCGUAACACUUCGCGCGAGCCUGUUCAUCAGCUCAGAAUCGGUGAGUGCGGUGGUCGUUACGAAAACGGAACCAGGCCGGCAAAGACUGAAAUUAGUCGAUUUACAAUAAAAGUAUCUUAUGGCCCGGCACGAAAGGCCGCUCGUUGAACGUGCUCGAGCGAGGUAAUUCGAGUUGUACACACGCCAAAGGGAUAAUCCGCCUGAAAUUUCUCGUAGAGCAAAAAGCGUCCGAAUUAGCCUCGAUUCAAUUACACUACGACUUUCCCUUCCAUUCGAUCGUGUCGAAUUGCAGACAGGAGGAGAGGAGCUUACGAAACAUCUCGUCCCCAUUCGCGCGUAAUAUAGUGGUUAAUGACGAGUAAGUAACAGGAAAAUAACUUGUAAGAGAGGACAAUACCACUUUUUCGUUUACCGUUUAGCUUGUUAAGUCGUAGAACACUCACAGUGGAAGGCUUUGUGUCCGUAGGUAUGUGUCCAUGACGUUUCAAAGGCUCGUUCUCUCAAACGAUUCUGAUAUUGAAGCCCCUUUUAAGUAAUGAAAACAGCCGUGGACUGUGCACUUUCUCAAGCGGACGGAUAAUAAGCGUUAUGAGUAAUCGUGAUUUUCUGUCUAAGCGUCAUAUUAUUUAAAAAAUUUGAGAAAUUUUCAAGUAAUUCAAACACUUUAAAACAUUAGUGAAUCUAACAAAAUGAUUACAUUGAGUUGUCCAACGAAGCAUCAAAAUGAAGCAUCACUCAAGCUAGAGGAUACAUCGCUAAAUCACGUCGUCGUUGCGAUCAGAAGACAAUAGAUGUCUCGUUAGGGUUUUUCUUCAUACGCGAGCAUAUCCGAUUGUUUGAGCUUACAGAUGAUCUAUGCGUAUCGUUAUUUAGUCGCUAUCUAGUCGGUAGGUGCUAUAAGUUAUCAUUCACGUUUAUUCGUGUGUGUAUAGGGCCUGUAGGGUAAUGUGCGAACAACAAUAAUAAUGAAGUAUCGACAAUUCGGGCGUGUCUAAUGGAUGCGUACAUUAUUAUUAAGACAGAGAGUUCACCUUAGCCUUAGCAAUACUUACGUAAGCGUUAACUGUAGCUGAUUGAAUGACUAAUCGCGAAUAAUCUAUAAAUGCUUGUAGCGAUAGAGCGUUGUAAAUUUUAAACGUAAGUUUCAGUUCCGUUGUCGUUUUAUUUUGUCGUUUUACCGGUCGGCACAUUGCCGACUUGUCGCAGAGAAGCAGCAUCACCAAAUAUUACGAUUAAGGCGGUAUCAGUGGCAUGAUGCACGCGGGAUACGUUUAAGUAUAUAUAGAAAAGUCUCCAUUAAUAAUAUUAAACAUAUACAUAACGCUAUAUAACAUGAAGAAUAUAAGUUAGUCACGGUUAGCAUCUUUAAGAUAUAAUUAGAAGUGUAAGUUUCCGUUGUGUUUUGAAUCUUUCGUUCAUACAUUCUCAACUUGCACAAUCGCUGCAAGUUUCUUAAAACGAGUCCACUCUAGUCCUAGUAAUUAAGGGAAUCGUAUGACACGGACGAAUACACGUCGAUCAUACGAUAGUUUUAAGGUCUAGAUUAAGGCUCGGUUGAGAGCAUAACUUCCGCCGACACUGGUAUAUCACCAAAGUCGUAGUUUAAGCGCGUCUGUUAGUCGUUAAUCGUCACUCUGAUCUGCGACGACGUAAAUUCAACCGUAUUCCGUGAAUCUAGCUGAACUUUCGAUUCGAAACUGACUAAAAGAACGAUAGAAUAUCAUUUUCACCUAUUCGUUGAGAUAUUUUCAUUAGAUUUCUCUCCGCAUUAGCCGACAAUGUUUCUUUCGUAAAACACUUUUUCAUCGGUAAAGUUGUAUUGACGUAACGUGUUUAUUACCGUACCGAAGGUUUCAAGUGCACGAUAAAUUGACAAAGUCCAACAUCGUCGGAAUUGACGAUGCCGUUCGAACCUUUGAAGCAGCGCAAAGCUUUCUCAGCUACGGUGUUAAGAUUUGUUUGAGUUUGGUACCUUAAACGAAUUUUGGGCAAGUUCUCCACGGAAGCUUGCACCAAGACGUGACGUUUCCAGCUCGUGAUCUCAAAAUACUGUAACCGUACCGUCGUGCGAUUCAGAACGGCGUUUGUGUAUCUAAGCAAAGAAAAAAAAAACACAUAAUUACAGUUAAACGUUGCAUGUAUAGAUUUUAGGGAGGAACAAGUAGUUGGUGAGUAGGCUUUGGCUCCGAUGCGUUUGUAAUGACUGAAAGAAUGAGUACUGGUGGAGAGAGAAAGAGAGAGAAAGGAGAUUGUACGUGAAGAUUUUGAAUAUCCAACGAAAAAAACAAGAUUAAUAUUUGUCAACAUGUUGGUUCUGCUCACGUUUGUCUUUCCGACAGCCUUUCUCUAUCCCCUAGAGGGAAGUAGACAACGCUGUAAGAAAGACAAAUAUAUACACAGUUAUGAGGAAGUUAAAAAAGUUGUCUCUAAAGUUAUUACACUUUAUAAAGGGCGCAUUUACGAUAUACAAUCUAUUUGUUUGAUUUAUAAUCGUAUUUUAAUACAAUCACGUGAUUCAGGUUGAAGCUUGAAAACUCAUCAUAGCGGUAUGAUACACAGUUAGCCUCUGUGAUUAUAUAUUCUCCACCUCUGUAAAGAGCAUAGUUUUCGAUGUUAGCAUGUGUGGCGUGAACAACCGGAGAUAUAGGCGUGGCAUUAGCAUCACAACCUCCAUUGCAAUAUAUAAAUGUGUCAUGUGCGUAUUAAUCGAUGCCUCCAGAAAGCAUUAUUUAUCUCCAUAUGAAUUAGAUAGAAGUCGUAGAGGCGAUAAAUACGAACUCUGUUGACUCGAUAUCUGGCAUAGGGAAUUAAUUGUAAAGGAAAACGUACGAUAGUAUAGUUACCCUCUAUUACAAAAUGUUCUGUACAGGUGAAGAAAGUCUGUAAAGAUGAAGUCUAGUCGCGCUUUUUGUGAGAUCGACAUGUAAUAUUUAGCAAUAGAGAAAAUUGAGAGAUAUAUCGUAGUGGGCGAUGUGUGACGCAGUAACAUGACAAAGUACGUGUGCGUUUCUUUGAGAAUAUCGCUUUUUUUUCUCAAUUUGCAUUCGAUCGCCCUUAAAUGAGAUCAUCGAGAAGAAGAACGCUUAGUUUGCGCGCGCCCUUCAAUUAUACAGAUGAUGCGUUUACUACGGAAUUAAAUAAAGAGCUGCGUUAAUAAUGUCACAAGAAAAUUACAUCAGACGACGUUCUCAUCUGUACACUUAAAACGCUUCUUGAUUUUCUUUGUUAUCAGUUGCGAGUUAUUACACGAGAAGUGUAAUUACUCCUGCCAAAGAUAACGAACAAUAAAAUUCGACAUGUGUGUUCAAAUGAGUUUUUAGACUGUUAAGAUUUAGUGAAGAAAUAUUGAAAGCGGGUGAACUUGUAUGUAUUAUCGAUUCACACAGCUAUCGAUGUUACAACUGCACGUCGCUUGUGACGUAGUAAACGUUAUUUUAGCGGGUGAUAACAUUUAAGGGUUAAUCGAUCUAAUAAUCAACUUCGGCGUGAAUCCGCGCCGUGACAAACGCUUAACGUUUUGUUUUACCGUGGCUAAUAGUAAUGUAAUGCAAACAUGAUCGAAUAAAUAACUUAAGUUAUAUGUCGUAUAUCCAGAGCUUUUUAUAGAAUAAUGCAGCACACGCAGCGCAUGCAGCGUGCGUGUGGGCGGUGCUCCUUCUAAGCUACGCAGGCGCAUAAUUUACACCGACGUACAUGCAAAUCUUGACCAAUUUAAUAUCGUGUGUACUUAGUAUUUUAGGUUUGUAUGUUAACGGUGGCAGAAGGCCCUCCAUUUUUCUUGCGAACGCUCCGAGGCAAUUAGAGGGAACAUUACGCGUAUAAGGCAUAUAUACGUAUAAGUUGUCGCAACAUGAAAGUAAACCAGUGUUUCCCCAAUUUAUAGUUUAUACGCGGAAAUUCUUCCGGAGUUUCCAAUUGUACGCUUUCAUAUCGAACUGAAGAAAAAUAGAUCACACGCAACAAUAGCAAGAGCAACAAACAGAAGGACACAAGGGUUAAACUGCGUUUAAGUUUCAAGAGAAUAAGGAUUAUUUUAAGGAGGAAGUAUUACUGCAGCAAGUAUUACGUUAUUAUUUCCCGGCGCAAUGUGUUUGGGGAACAUUGAAAUAUAUAAAUAUAACACGAGGAUACCAAAUGAUUAUAACGAAGUCCAUAUACGAAGUCACAUCGAUUCGCUCACUUGUUAAAAAUCCCUUCACCGUUAUUUGUCGAGUGUGAAAACUUCUCUACGUAACGUAACGUAACUCUGACCAGCAACUGAUAGAACUGGCAGUUCCCAGAGUAUUUCUUCCUGCGCAAGAUUCAUGACGUAAUAAUAUGUUGUCGAUAUGCAAAGCGACCGAUAUGCAAGGUAUUGGCAAUUUAAGGUCUCUAGCAUUACCGCGAUCUGUAAUCCGGAAAUUGGACUUUCUGGAGCGAUCGGUGACGGCAUCGCGAGAGAGAAAUACGUUUUUACCAAGAACUUUUCUCGCGUGAAUCUUAAUCGAGGAAGUAUUUCGUUGAGAAACAAAGAUACAAAGAUGAAUACACGGAUGAUACUCGUUGAAUACUCGGAACCAUUCUCACGAAAAAUCCGAUUAGUGUUUACAUAUGCACGUCUUUCUAGGAUAGAAAUUCCUAAAUCAUACGAACAGAAAGCAGUGUGUGUAUGUGUGCUUUGAUAUAUGUUACUUUCCACUAGGAAAGAUCCAAGUGGAAAUUAAAAAAGAUAAUCAGAUAAACGGCUGACGAACAUCUCCAGUAUCCGAAUAUCACUGUAAACCUAAUUGUGUUAUUUUUACUGAAUCUCUUUUUAUAUGUUUCUCAUCGUUUUAAGUCAUGUUUACACGUUUAAACCUAUUAUAACUAUUACACGUCCUUUAAACAUGUUAAAUGACGUCAUUUAAAACCUUAAGAAACGUGUAGAAAGAACUUCAGUCAAAAUAACGCAUUUGGAGUUAGGUCACACAAAGAAACAACGCAAAAGAAAAAUAGCAUCAAAGAAUAGCCUGAGCUAGACGCUUUUGGGAAUUUCUGUCUUGAGACAGCGUGAAUCAUUAUUAUUCAUGUAAAUCUCGCGCUUUGUAUAGCGAGUGUGUUGCAAAAUUGCCAAUUGUAAUUUUGGCUUUGAGACAACCAAUUACUUUGGUCUCGUAUUAGCCAUACGCCCUCUUAGCCAUAUCAUCUCUUGUGGUGGUGCUGGCAGUUUGUGUAACUAUUGUAUAUAUACAUUUCUCCCGCGUUUAAGCUCGCGAGUACAUAAAUUAAUAGCAGAUAUUACUGUAUGACGUAGAAAGCAACAUAGUGCGUAGACGAGAGCAUUUUUCGUUCCGGUUUCUCGAUUUGUUUCGCCUUCUCAAACGGCUCAUCGGUCUUUUUCGAUAAGGCUAAACGAUGACCAGAAAAGCCAAGAAAUCCUAUAAAUAAAGAUUAAUAGAGAAAUAGGGAGCUAGUCAGAGCUAGCUCCGUAACCUUAAACCAUAAUUUAUAAAUAUAUACAUAUGCGCGUGUGUGUAACGAUGUAAUGUAUAAUUAUAUAUAUGUGUACCUAUUACUUUAAUUGUAAUCUAACCCGUAUUAUAACCAUGUGAUGUAUACAAAAAGCACCAAAGUGAAAAGAUCAGAGCGUUUCAAGAGUUCUUCAGCAUGUAUAAUAAUCUACAAGUGUAUGUGUGUGUAUAUGUGUGAGAGAAAGAGAGGGUGAGAAAGACAUCAUUUUUGAGAGUAAAUACGAAACAAGUGUAACACUGUUAGCUAAUAUCACCGAUAAAUUCUAUGUAUCGAUAAAUAAUAUAACAUUGUUUAAGGAGGAUGAAGAUUAACUAAGUCCAAGGUCGUAUUUUUCCGACAAAAGUAAUUUUACAGUCGCUUCGCAGCCUUCCGUUAUAGUAAUUCUAUUUUUAAUACAUUAAUUUUCUCUCGCGUUAGAAAGCAAGCAGAUAACAAGGAAUUUCAAAGAGAUUACUUAAUUCCCUCAAUCGUUACGCUAAAUUUAAAUAACACAAUCAAUAGACGGAUAGAGAAAAAAGCUAAUGUUGUGAAUCGUAAUAAAAUGUAAUGGAAAAUAUA